UUACACUCGGCUUUUAUUUUGAAAUCGGGGUCAUUCCUCUGUGUUUCGUCGCCUGCGAACCGGGGCAGUGGUCCCGUAUGAACACUAGGCUUCAGGCAGGCAAAAGUCCGCCAAGAUGAGGCUCCGUUUGGCCGGAGCUGUGCUGCUGUCGGCGGCCGCUUACUACGUCUACCUGCCGUUACCGAGCGGCGUGAGCGAGCCGUGGAAGCUGAUGCUGCUGGACGCGCUGUUCCGGAGCUUCAUGCAGGCGAGUGACGUGGCUCACGCGCUGGGUGUGUGCCACAGGGUGCACCUGUUGAACCGGCUGGUGUCCUGGGUGGAGGAGAUCGAGGCUCGCUCCUGCAACGCCGUGCACGUGGCCGACUCCACGCUGGGCGGCGUGCCCACGCGAGUCUUCCAGCCGAAGGGGGGGAAGCAGCUGAAGAGGGGAGUCAUAUAUUUCCACGGUGGAGGAUGGGCGCUUGGCAGCGGGAGGAUGCGAUCGUACGACCUUCUUUGUCGGAAAAUGGCGGAGGAGCUGGACUCUGUCAUCAUGUCCGUGGAUUACCGUCUCGCUCCAGAGGCGGUGUUCCCAGAUCAGUACCACGAUGCGUUAGCGGCAUCGCGGGCCUUCCUGUCGGCUCAGGUUUUGGAGCGCUACAGCAUCGAUCCGGAGAGGGUGUGUGUGUCUGGGGACAGCGCCGGGGGAAACCUGGCUGCCGCUGUGGCGCAGGAGCUCAGCUCAGAUGACGGUCUGACAGUGAAGUUUAAGGUCCAGGCGCUGAUCUACCCGGUGCUGCAGGCGCUCGACUUCUACACCCCGUCCUACCAGCAGAACCGGGCCGUGCCCAUCCUCUACAGGCCCGUCAUGGCUCGUUUCUGGCUGCAGUACCUGGGCGCCGACAUGUCCCUGGAGCCCCUCCUGCUCGCCAACAACCACAGCUCCCUGGACCAGCCGGCCAUCAGCGGCAGCACCCGCUCCAAGCUGGACUGGACCGCUUUGCUCCCGGCCGAACGCAGGAAGCACUUUCGUCCGGUUGUGAAAGAGACGGGAUCGCCGGGGGUGAUGGGUAAGGUACCGCAGCUUUUGGAUGUGAGGGCGGCCCCGCUGCUGGCGGAUCAGGGGGUUCUGGGUAGGACGCCCAAAGCCUACGUGAUGACUUGUGAGUUUGACGUGCUGAGGGAUGACGGGUUGAUGUACGUCAGACGCCUGCAGAGCGCCGGCGUCGCGGUGACCAGCGAUCACUACGAGGACGGUUUUCAUGGCUGCAUGGUGUUCGCGUACCUGCCGAUGAUGUCUAGUGUCGGACAGAGGAGCAUGAACAACUACAUCCGCUGGCUGGACCAGAAUCUGUAGACAAACUCGCGGCUCCAGAUCCUCGUCAGCCAGUCGUUCGUAGAAUCAGACAGGAUAACGUAGAAUCAGACAGGAUAACAUAUCAGCUGCUUUAUCCGCAAACAGAACCAAGAUAUCAAAUUUAAAGGCUCAUGAUAUACUUGCUUUUUACCAACGUGUACGUGCAGACAAGUGAUGUUUCGUUUAUUACCCUCGUAGUGUUUUAAAACAUUCUUGUGGCAGCAAUAGAGGCAGUGAUGUUUCCUUUUUACUGUACGGCACUCAAAACAGACUAACAAGUCUGAUCGCCAGUUACAUGAUUGGCCACCGCAGGGUGAAGUUGGGUUUGCGUUUCUUGAGUUGAGUCAAUCUAAAUUUUUCGCCGCGCGCUGCUGCAGUUUUUUUCCGGCUCCUCUUUGCAGCCUUGCCUGCGUUUUCGCCCGUCCAUCUGAUGACCGCCCGAGUGUGUGUGUGUGUGUGUGUGUGAACGCAGCCUUAUUGUUCACAUACUCGCCUGUGUACUUAGUGUGUACGUGCAGGAUUCAAAUGUAUAUCCUCUAGGGGUCAAAUCAGGGCCAAAUCGUUCCUGACAGACACCAGGAAAACCUUUCUUGAGAACUUCUGCCACAAUGUGCAUUCAAACGGGCUUUUAAUAGCAAGUAUAUCAAUUCAGUGCAGCCAAACGUCACCGGGUCAAACGGACCACAAAGCAUCUUCACUGAGUCCUGAAACCAAAACAUUUCUAAUCAAAAGGUAACCAAUGAAAGUGACAAUUUUGUGGAAGGCCGAUGCGUUCUUUUGGAAAAUGACAGUGUACUUACGGCUCGUUAUUUAUAUUUAAAGAUAAACGUAUGCAAUGGCUUUAAUAUGAGGCCCUCAGCUGAAAAUCCCGCCUACACUGAGGGGGUGUUCUCCGAAGUGGGAAACUAAAAGAGAAAAGUACUGGUACCAAAACAACGAGUCAAGUCGAGCAGAGCCGAACCACACAGUGAAAACAAGACAUAAGUGGACUGGAGCAGGACAACAUCCAACAACUAUUGGGGAAGAUUAAAAAUGUCAGUUAAAGCCAGUGUGCUCAGAGGGAAACUCCAGGAUCUUUUAGUGAAACGAAGAGCCUUGAAUAUUCUUCCUGAUUACUUUUAAAGGUCAAAGUCACUCAGAAGUUCAUCUUUUAUUCUUUUAUGAUGCACUGAGACGCUGAAACAGUCUGCUCUGCGUGUGCCUGCAUGCAUGUGUGUGUGUGUGUGUGUGUGUGCGGUAAAAGUAUGCCAAAGUUCACAGCUGUGUAUACUCACUGGAUUGUGCAAUAUUUUAUGUUUAAACGCCGCUCUCUUUAACUUCUCCCUCUGAUGACCACUGUACUGCACGGCCAAUGCAAUGAUGAUGGCGGUGAUGAUGUGAAAUGUAUACAAGAUUUACUGUAUCACCCUGAGAAAAGAAAUCCCAAAUGGACUCUCAUCCCCCCCAUUGCUGCUGGCCCUAAACUAAUAUAAUGAACCGACGACAGCGAGCGUCAGGCAGACUCGGUUUUGGCUUUCGGCCCAAACGACAGCGAGCCCAGAGUGUCGCAGAAACACUGAGGCGAGCCUGGUCAUGACUUCACAUUAUCCAGAAUUUCUUUCUCUUUUUUUUUUUUUUGGUAUUGUAACACUGGCGUUCAAGAGACUGUGAUUUUCCAGAAGUGAAUCCAUUCCUAACAUGGAUUGUUUUUGUGAGCAAUUACCCCUUUAUACACGCAUUUAUAUUAUAUUUUCUAUUAAAGAGUUACUAUGUGUGAUAUCUGUAGUAAAAUAUAUCAUUUAUAAAUAAGAAAUAUAAAUUUAAAACGUAGAUGAGGCAACAGGGAUUACAGGGAAAGACUUUAGAAUGUUGAAAAAGUGGUUGAAAGUGCUGUAACUUUAUUGCUGUAAUGUGAAACGUCACAUUAAAUUCUUUAAUAUUGUAUAAAUAGCUUUUAAUAUAAAGCAGGGGUUAUGCAACAGGUUGUUUCAGCCAAAGCAGAUACACGAAACGGGCCCCGAAUGUUCUCUGGCAGCACUGAUAAAUCCUAUAAAGUAGCUGUUUUAUUGGCUUGUGACAACUCAAGUUUUAUGUUGGGAGCAGGAUCCCAAUAUUUUCUUUGUUUAGUUUUUUUUAAUAAUGUGCUUUAUGUGUGUGGGGGUUUAUUGCAGAGGGGAUUUUUCUGUCGGUUCACAUUACGUUCCUGUUUUUACUGUUAAUACGAGGACGAGAAGUGCUGCAGGAGAUGUUCAGCAGCACCUGAGAGCUGUGAGCUCUGGCGGCCAUAUUGGAGGUCCUCAGCUUUUAAUAGAGAAUUUGGCAUUUGGUAUAAGAUUACAGCUUAAAGCAGGUGCAAGUGUUUGUUUAGUCACAAUAAGCUAAAACUAAAUAUAUAAAAAUAUAUAUCAAGAAAGAAAAACCUCAACAUUGUAUGUAUUCAUGAUAUAAUAUGGCAACUAUGUAUAGUGCUGCUGAUACAGUUUGAAUAUUUCUAUAAAAUAUAAAAUGAAAUAUUCUCAAAACAUGUUUUUUGUGAAUAACAAUUUCUUUUUUUUUUAACCCAAACAUGUUACUUUUUAUGCCAAUGAUACCAUGUUUUCUUUUCUUUGUGGCCUUAAGAAAAAGGCACAUGUAAAUGUAUCACGUGAAGAGCUGAAAUGAUUAGUUGAUUAAUCGAUUAGUUGACCGCAAUGUUUGAGUCACCUUUCGAGAAAAAACAAUGUAGAGAAAUUGUCCACUUUUCUCUGUUUUAAAAUCAUUGUAAACUGAA